AUGCCAUCUGACGAUUUAAAUAGGAGAAAUGGUCUCUCGCCGAAAGAGAAAAGCUACUUAAUAUGCAGCUGUCAAACAAGGUCGUCACGAUAUCUAAGACUGAAAAAUCUAGCAGCCGACGCGAUGAAACACAACAAAAUAUUUCUAAUUCACGGCUACUGCACACCCAUACGCAAAGCUUUAGUCGAAAGGGGUUGGGUAGAAAAGGUGCCACCAAAUAAGAUGGAUCUAGCCAAACUACGAAACAAACGAUAUAGGGACAACUCGGAAAUGCAUAUUGAACUGGAAAAAUUGUUACUAUCUAACUUUGUAGAGAAAUGUGAUCCUAAUUUCGUCUGGAAUGCGAAAGACGACCGUGAUGAUUACGCGACCAGGAGCCACAAUGUUGUCUAUAACAAACUGAAAGUAGAAGCUCUCUGGACGACGAAGCAAGGGUUGUGCACUUCAAUAAAAAGCAAUUGUUGGUACUACAUAGAGGAUGUAGCCGAAAUAAAUAGCCCUCGAACGUACUCCAGUUUCGAUGAAGGGGAAAAAGAAGACUUCGAAAGAGACUAUAAACUAACUGCAUGUACUAGUUUGCUGAAAUGGGUUCUUUCUAUGGUCGCUAACGAUAGGCCAAUAUUUGUUGAGACAGGCACUAUAGCUAUUAAUGUAAUAGUAUUUGCACUAAACCGCUGUAAAGAAUAUCUAUUUCGCAAACAAAAUAAAGAUAUUGACAGAUAUUGCGUCUCAGCAGCUACGCCUGGACAGUGGAAGUCUUUUUUGAAAAAGUAUUACUUGUUGAUGGCAAAGCAGGACAUUUUCACCAUUGAUAAGGAUAACAAGUUGCCUCUUUAUUUAGGCUAUGCGAAAUUUCUGCUUAAAGAGAUACACAAAUACAGACCACAACUAAGUUGUGAAGGAUGCCACAACAUUUGGAUAAUCAAGCCAGCACAUUGUUCCAGGGGUAGGGGUAUAAGAAUGGCCUCCAAAUUAGGUGUCCUUACGGAUUUGUUAAAUCGAGGCAAAUACGUCUUCCAAAAAUACAUUGAAGAACCACUUCUGAUACACGAGACAAAAUUCGAUAUAAGACAAUAUUAUCUAAUCACUAACACUUGUCCCUUGGUAAUAUGGAUGUACAAAGAUUGCUAUUUGAAAUUUAGCUCCCAGAAAUACAGUCUCGAAAGUUACCACGAAUCUAUCCACUUAACUAACAACGCAGUUCAAAAAAAAUAUAAGAACUGCGCAAAUCGCCAUCCGGAGCUUCCACAAAACAAUAUGUGGGAUUUAGAAACAUAUAAAGAAUAUUUGGUUAAAACCGGGAAAGAAACUGUCUGGGACGAAGUAAUUUACCCAGGAAUGAGAAAGUCGAUCGUGGGUAUCAUGUUGAACUGCCAAGAGUCCAUAUCGUACAGCAAGAAUCGUUUUGAGUUGUACGGAUGCGAUUUUAUCUUGGACAAAGACUACAAACCGUGGUUGAUCGAAAUAAACUCGUGCCCGGAUCUUAAUCCUACCACAGAAGUUACUGCAAAAAUUUGUCCCGCAGUAUUGACUGAUAUUAUCAAAGUAGUCAUCGAUUACUCUGGAAACUACAAAGCUUCGACAGGACAAUUUGAGUGCAUCUAUCGCCAGACGGUCUGCAUGCCUCAAUAUGGACAAGCAACUGAUUUAACUGUACGUGGACACGCUUUACCUAUGGAUUACUUCUACAGAGGAAAACUGCCACAGGAAGACACAAACCUUGAUGCUAAACUAGAAAAGACUCAAGACAUGAAAUCCAUAUUAAACAAACUAAGAAUGGCUUAUGAGACUGACAUCAUGGUGGAGCCCGAUGAUAGCACGGAAGAAUUAAAAGGACCCACUUCUAUCAAAUUAGUAAAAGAUAAUAUGCAGCGUAAUACAAAAUCUGACGAAGACUUGAACGCUGUAGCGGGUGUCAUCACCGGUCAACUAGACGACCUGCUAGAUCGCAUCACAACCGAAAACACUUCUAGCGUAAAAAUGGCGCCGUCAUUUGUAUCGUUCCCGUCUUCAAACAAUAUGAUUAAAAAAAGGUACACCGGAGAAGUUGUCAGAAGUGUAACUGCCAUUAAUUCUCCAGCAAAGAAAAGCUGUCGGUUUGCGUCUGCAGAAACAAUAAAUAUUAAGACCCCGUUCAAUUUUAGUAAAUUAGAUGAUGGCCCUAACGGUAAAGGUAGUGGUUCAAUUUGCGACGCGAAUCAAGAGAAUAAGUUAACUCAGAAACUCAACGACGUGCACCAAACUCAAGAAAAACAAGCCGAUAUGUUUACUACGUUUCAUGUAACAGACGCCGAGAGUAUCGGUCUAAUAGACGCUACCAAGAGAUUAUUUAGUUUCUUGGAUGAGAAAGAGAGGGAAUAUAACCGUGAUUUAAGUCAUGCUUAA